AGAGCUAGAUGUACCGGUAUACUAAUUAAUUUGACAAUUCUUUUUUCUGAAUCUGAUGCCCUGCUCCUGUUAGCUGUUCCAGAUCCAACGAGCCUCCAUAUUUUAUAUAGCUUGUACAGUUUAAGGCUUGAUCCACUUAUACAGGUCUGUAGUAUUUCAGAGUCGGUAUUCAGAUGUCUGCCUUUCCUGAGUCCUGUUAUUGGGCUGAUAGAUAGAGAACUAGUCUCUGGAAUCCAGGUCUGAUACCACCCACCUAGGUCCAGGCCUUUUGAAAGCAGAGCCAUUGGUGGUCCAAUAAGAUCCCUGUUCUAUGCUUGAUACAUGAAAGUAUAGUCCUUAAAGCUAACAAGGUCUAAAAGCAUUUCAGUAUGGAUCAGUCUCAAAAUACUACCAUGACCAGCAACACUGGUGUGAACGUCACUGUCGUUGGCAAACAAGGGGACUACAGCCCAGCAACGAUAGUGGGGGCUAUUCGCGCUCCCUCUCCUGCUCCAAGCGAGGCUAGUACGAGCUCAAGUAACCAUUCCCUGGAUUUGAUGCGUUGCAAGAAGUGCAGUGUUGAGACGUGUCAAGAGAUGCUAGUGGUGUCUGGGAAGCGUCGUAAAGGUCCAUGGAUGUGCAACUAUCAUCGUAACAAGACUUAUAAGGCUAAGAAGAAACAAAAGGAUCAGAUGGCUUCUGAUAUUCAAAUGUUCAAGAAAAAGGAGGAAGAGGUCAUACCCAAGCCAUCCAGCCUUCAGUCAGUCCCUAGCGAAAAGAAGUCCACACUUGAUGAUGGACUACCAAGACUAGACCAGGUCCUCAAUGAGAAGAAACUGGCUCUGUUGAGAUCACCAGCUAUCAUCAAGUUCCUUCAAGAAAGCCAGAAGCAACUGUCACACCCAGACCAGCAUGGUGCCUCAGGGAUACCAGGGUGUUCUUCAGCAUCUUCCAGAGACGAACGCUUCCAGCAUGCAUCUCCUCCAAAGAUAGCAAAGGGAGGACUGAUAUGAACAUAUGUGCAACCUGCAUCUCUGGACAUGCUUUCACUGACGAAAACUGGACACUGCUUCAAGUCUGUUGUCAUUCACUGACAAUUUCUGUGAAAUUGAUUGGGAUGUCUGUGAUGAUGAUUAUUAAUGAUGACAAAGAUUAUGAACUGCUGCCCAUAACACUUUCCGAUGAAGGAAGGGGAUUUGAUUUGUCAAGGUAGGAGAAAUGUGAUUCUGAUGAUAAAUGUGAAUGGAGAUAAGCCUUCACAAUAUGUCACAUGAAUAUCAGCAGAAGAUGCUUCCGAGUUUUCGCUCAACUACACGGAAUGAAUCCUACAGUGCUGCAAAUGCACUGAAAAUGUUAGACAAAUCACCAUGAAGUCUUUGUCAAGGGUCCAUGAAUUGGAACAGUAGUUUCGUCCAUUUCAGAGCUGACGAAAAAUUGCAAUUUUGUUUGUCCAGAGUAAUAGACGAUACUUCACUGACCCUCGACAAAGACUUCAUUUUCAUGAAGGGCAUUUGACAAUAGAUUCUCUAUGUUCCAAAAAGCAUGUGCAUAGCUGUUGCAAAAACUCCCUAUUCAUGUAUGUGGCAAGAAAUAGUUGACAUGCUGUCAUAGUCCAUGACGAAGUCUAUCAAGGAAUUGGAUGGCGUUAGCUCUGCCGCUUUAUCUACUUGGGCUGAUCUAGAUCUGGUCCAGAUAGGGUACCUAGGUCAGGUACAGAUUAAUGAAGACUAGAUUAACACGAUCUAUAGUCCUAAUUAAAAGAAGGGAUACAAACAAAACAAAUAUACCCUCCCUAUUUGUUUAAAUAGUGGGGAAAAAUAUGUCUGGAGUCUGGAGCAAAGACUGCUUAGAAAGUAUAAGCUUUGAAUUUUUAUUGUUAUACCUUUAUGGAGAUUAAUAUAAUGUUUUCUCUUAAAAUGUAAAAUCUUGUUUUUUUUCCAGAUCAAUUGCUUAUUCACAUAUAAUACAUGUACCUAUGGAAAAGUCAAACAAAAUAGUCAAUUUCCAUAAGAAUUUGUACACAAUUUUGAAAGACUACUGAAAGUUACUAUUCUUUAUGAUAAUUUCUGACAUCUAAAAUGUCUUCCUUCCAGCAGCUCUCUGAUAUUUGUAUAUAUUUGCCAUCAGGCUAAAGCCAGGGUAAUAAUAUCCAAGUUCUUUUACAGCACAUAGAGAUGUUGUAUCAUAAUGUGAUAUGCGCUCUACAAGAACUAUUAUUAUUACUAUUAUGUAUUACCAAUGUAAAUUAUAAAAAUGGCAUAGAACAAUCUGACCAUUGAGGCUCAAAGCCUGGCCACACACAUAUGUCCUGGACUCUACAUAUUACCUACAUUUUUCUUUCAUGUCUUGGAUGGUGACGUUAAAGGCCGAGCACAGUCAAAAAUAAUAUCAUACCUGAUUGAUACAUGUCUAUAAAAUCCCAAACACAUAUAUAUUGAAAUUUAUGUUGUCUCUUCUGUAUCUCACAUAGCAGAUCUGGUCCCUGGAAAACCACUUAUUUCAGUGACAAAUCUUUCCAUGCUUACGCAAAGACGAUCCUCACAUUUGUCCUGUCUAUUGACCUUAGCACAUCUUUUCCAGAAGUUCUGCCAUGCCAUCUAUAUAAUUCUUGAAGAGACCUUCGCUUUGUCUAAGCUUUGUCCCAAGACUUUGUAGUCUCCUUUGUGUCAGUCAUUGGUCGUUCUUGGAGGAGAGCUGGACAAACCGACCACCAGACAGCCCGACCUGCUACCCUGGACAACUGUUGUCCAGGGGUUGCCAGCGGUUCGGACAACUCAACCACUUGAAUUCUUCUUUCAGAAUUCAUGAAAUGAAUAUCCCAUCUUUGGUUCAAAAGUAUUUUUUCUGCAUAAUCUAUGUUUCUACAAUGCAUUCUCGACAAAAAAUUUGUUAUUUCUGUGCAUUUUGAGCUCUUUUGAAAGAGAAUAAAAUGAGUUCCCUUGCAGCGAGAAUAUCUUGCUAAUCCGAGACCGCCGGCGAGCUCAGUGUUCAAGGUCUAAUUUUCAAUCUCUUGACAUAUUUCAAUGGUGAGGGUGUCUUAUUUUGUAUUAUCACAUUCUAUUUUCACAUUUCUUUUACUUGUAGUUAUUACAUGCCAUAAUGUUGACAUUUAACACCGACGAGGCUGGUCAGCGGUACAUGGUCAUUAUGUACAAUAUUUAAUACAUUUAUAGUACAUUAUUUGCCCAAUGACAAGAGCUGUUCUCAGAGGUAAGUGAAUUCAAAUGAAUAAAAUAAAAAUUGCAAGGGAAAUUCACUUAUUCAUUUUGAAUUAUACAACAUUCAGAUUAUUUGAAUAUAUUGAAAUAAAUCUUCCAUAGCCUUUGGGUUCUAUAAUAGUCAGCUUUUAUAUUUUCUUGACUGGAACAUGGUUUUCAUGAAAAGCAUGCCAAUGGUUCUUAACAGGUUUUUGUUGUUCAGUUUUUCACAGGGUGAAAUUGUGUACUAAAAGAUAAAAGCAAUGUCCAUUUCAUUGAGAAAUUUUUAGUCUAGAGAUUUUGGAAGAGAUAAAAAGUAAGCCAAGUUAUGGUUCACAUUGCUGAAAAUUUUCCCAGCAUCUUAGAUAUCCCAUUUACAUAUAUCCCUGUUACACAAGAGUAAGGUGGUAAUAAACUAAAAAAGUACCAACAUGUUUGUUUUGUUUAUCAUAAUCAACCUCAUAUUUCAAGCAAAAUUGAUUUUGCAGUUGCUAUGCUUCAACAUUCCUGUGAAUAUGGGAACACACCCUCAGAAGCUCUUCUGUAGACUUCAGCCCUUCUCUGUGCUGCUCCCACAGGAUGAAUACACGUCCUUGUGCUGUCGCUACCCUAUUCUUCUGUCUCUUCGUGAGCUUCUUUAGGUUGACGAGGCGUACUGUGAGGUCGACAACCUCUGCCUCUCUGUGGAGCAGUCCCUUCAGUCCAUAGACAUCUAAAGGCCUUUCCACCUGCCCUUCCAUUUAUCUGUAGUGCCACCCCUCGGAGUCGUUGUUUGUCCUCACUGCCCAUCCAUAGGUUGACCAUGCUUCAACUGGGUAACUAGGAUUAUUUAUCUAAGUGUCAGACAUGUACUGGAAUACCUAAGUAUAGAAAUGGAAAAAGAAGAAAAAGAACAUAUGAAAAUCAAGUAUAUUUCCAUAUUGAUUUAUUUCUAGUAGAUGGUUUUCAGUUACAAACAGUGCUCCUUCUGAAGCUUCGUUGAUGAUUCUGUAAGUCCUCCCAAAAGUGCAUGUCAUUAUUAAUCAAUUUAUUAAAGAUUUGGAGGAUAUAUGAUCAAAAGUUUGCACAAAUUUCAAGAGGUGACGGCUAUAACAGUGUAGCUACAUGUUUACAUUUAAAACCACUCUUGGUGUCUUUCUGUUAUACAGUCCUUUCAGUUACCUUCAAAGUCAGCUCUUAAUCCACUUUUU